UGCAGUCAUCAGAUCAGAUCUCUGCAGUACAGCGUCACUGGGGACGUCAUUCUGGUUGUGGCGGGAAACUCUCAAGCCAAAGUUCUGGACCGAGACGGAUUCCAGGUCAUGGAAUGCAUCAAAGGAGAUCAGUAUAUUGUGGACAUGGCCAAUACCAAGGGUCACACAGCGAUGCUGAACGAUGGCUGCUGGCAUCCCAAGAUUAAAGAGGAGUUUCUGACCUGCUCCAAUGACGGGACGGUGCGGACGUGGGACUUGACCUCGGAGAAGAAGCACAAGUCUGUGUUCAAGCCUCGGUCGCUGCAGGGCAAGAGAGUGACCCCCACCUGCUGCACCUACAGCCGCGACGGAAAACUGAUCGCAGCCGGCUGCCAGGACGGGACCAUCCAGAUCUGGGACAGGAACCUGAGCGUUCACACUAAGUUCCACUGUCGCCAGGCUCACGCCGCCGGAUCAGACACGACCUGCCUCACUUUCUCUUACGACGGAGUAACUCUCGCAUCACGAGGAGGAGACGACACUCUGAAGACGUGGGACAUACGCAACUUCAGGAAACCUCUCGCUGCUGUCACUGGCCUGACCUCCUUCUUCCCCAUGACAGACUGCUGCUUCAGUCCGGAUGAUAAACUGCUGCUGACGGGAACCUCGGUGAAGAAGGACGAAGGAAACGGGAAGCUGCUGUUCUUCGAGCGGGAAUCUCUGCAGAAGGUCUAUGAGAUUGAAGUGGCCGAUACGAGCGUGGUCCGCUGUCUUUGGCAUCCCAAGCUGAAUCAGAUCAUGGUGGGGACGGGGAGCGGCCUGGCGAAGGUUUACUACGACCCGGUCAAGAGUCAGAGAGGUGCGAUGUUGUGUGUGGUCAAGAGCAAGAGGAAGGAGAAACACGCCGAGACGCUGACACAGGAUUACAUCAUCACCCCUCACGCUCUGCCCAUGUUUCGUGAGGCCCGGCAGCGCAGCACCAGGAAGCAGCUGGAGAAAGACCGACUGGAUCCACUCCGAUCACACAAACCUGAGCCGCCCGUGUCCGGACCAGGUCGAGGUGGUCGUGUGGCGGCUCACGGAGGGACACUGUCCUCUUUCAUCGUCAAAAACAUCGCCCUGGACAAAACUGACGAUAGCAACCCGCGCGAGGCCAUCCUGCGUCACGCCAAAGAAGCGGCUGAGAACCCGUACUGGGUCGCCCCGGCAUACAAAAAAACGCAGCCGGACCCGCUGUUCGCCGAGGAGGAGGAAGAAGAGGUUGACGAAGAUCAGCCCGAAUGGAAGAAACGCAAGAUCUGAGGAGAUUUCCUCUUCAACUCUGAGUUUGAGGAGUUCAGAGGAAUGAAACUUCUGUCCGGAUUCUCCCACACACUUCCCAAACCUUGUGUCUGAAUCUGAGCAGAAGUCUUUUUGUUGUAGUUCUGGUCUUUUUUUGCUGAAUGUCAUUUACAGCUCAUACAGAUGAUUCAUUAUUGUCUGAUUUCAUGUUUUGACUGGCUUUUCUUUUGUAUUUUUGUCUGUUAGAUUACAAAUAAACCUUUUGUGUGGCCUGUUUCUCGUACUAA